AUGAGUCGCAGCAGGCUCCUACCAGAAUCAUCCAUAUCUGAUAUAGAACGAAGGAGUGAAUCUCAAGCUUCUAGCAAGACUGCUUCACAGGUUUUUGUUCGAGACUUAGAGAACGACAAAGGCAAAGGCUUCAAUCCGGCUCGACGGUCGUCAGGACGAUGGAAUAUCUCACAUUUCUUGUUUGAUGUGCUACCUAGGGGCUGGUCCCUUGAGUAUAUUUCCUGUUUUAUCAGUGCGACUGCUUUCGUCAGCAUCGUCGUUGUGCUUCACCAAUUUGAUCAACACAAGAUUCCUUCGUGGCCGCUGGGCAUCACUCUCAACAAUCUUUUGGCAUUUUUGACUGCCAUCGGUCAGUCUACUUUUGUCUUUCCGGUGGUUCAGGGUCUUUCGCAGAUGAAGUGGACUUGGUUCAUGGGGAAGAAUAGACCACUAGAGGAUUUUGAGAGAUUUGAUAAUGCUAGUCGAGGGGCGUGGGGGAGCAUUAUGCUUUUGUUCAGUACGAAAGGAAGGCUUUCUAUUUUAUUGGCCGCCAUUCUCAUAGUAACCUCUGCUGUGACAUCGACUAUAACACAGGCAGUCCUUAGUCAGGAUGUACGAUACGUCGCCAACGGAGAAAACGCUACAAUAUAUAGAAUGAUACACGAUAGCACUGAUUACACAACAUCAAUCAACCAAAUAACAGGCUACAUGAUAAGUGCAAUGUACACCUCACUCAACUCAACUUACAAUUACACUACACCAGACUGUGCAACGGGGAAUUGCAAAUGGCCACCUUUCGGUUCUCUUGCAGUCUGUGUCCAAACAAACGACAUCACAGAUAAACUCCUUGUCGAAGAGACGGCGCAACAAUGUUGUACCGAAACCGCAACAAAUCGAUUCGACGGUUCAACAUGGUCAGAAAGUUGUACGAAUUGUACACAAACUGGGUUAUCUCAGAAUGAGCAGUUCGGGCUCAAACCGCAGCAGGACAGAAGUCUCAAUUCGACGAGUAUUAACCUCGAAGCAGGCGUUAACCAGUCUUGGUCAAACUUGUACACUUUUACAAACGAGAGUGUUGGGUAUAAUGCGUUGGCUGCAGCUCAAAUUAUCUAUCUGAACACAACCGAUGCUGCUGAGUUUGGUGCUCCAACACUCAAUGACACGGCAUUGUUUACGAAAUAUGCACGUGCCGUUGAAGCCCUAUUCUACAUGUGUGUUGAAACUUAUGAUGUGACGACAGUCAAUGGAACGACAGUCACAAAUGUAACCUCGGUCACCAGCAACGUCACCUGGUUCGAUAAAUAUGGAUAUCUUCCGGACGGGAAACAUGCGUCCACUCUUUCAAAUAGAACUUUUACAGUGGAUGGCUUCAACUAUAGCUACUACGAUGUUUCGCCGACUAUAGCAAAAAUCAUCUCGGCCUCAUUGACGGGUUCUUAUAACUUCAUCGGCACCUUUGGCCUGUUCGAUAUGACGCCGUUCAGCUAUGCUAUUGGUACGGCUCUAUAUAAAAAUGAUGGUGUUAAUGCUACCACUGGAACAGCCAGAGACGGCUUGAUGCGUGAUGCAGUGGAUGAUGUGUUGAGUAACACAGCCAGAGGAAUGACCAGUUGGCUUCGUUCAUUCUUCGCCUCACCAGUCCAGGGCCAAAAUAAUGUUUCCGAAUCAUAUGUCGUUGUGAGAUGGCCAUACUUGAUCUUCUUGGGGACUCAGGUUGUCUUGACCAUCAUAUUCCUGAUUUGGAUUGUCCUUGAUUCAAAAGUGCGCAAGGUUGAUAUCUUGAAGGAUUCUGUUCUAGCCGGCCUUCUUGCCAUUUCUGCGGAGGAUAAGGCGAGUCUGGAGAGUAGACUCGAUGCGUUGACUGACAACCCUGGGGAUAGAGAGCAGAUGGAGAAGUCUUCAAGUGUGACUUUGGUGAAGAGCGACCCUGCUGGGCAGUGGAAUCUCAGGUUGAUGAAUUAA